AUGAACAGCUUGGUGGCUACACCACCUGUGCCUCCUCAUCACUUCUACGAAUUUUGCCGUCCCUCUCCCUCUCGUCCAAUGUCUACCCCCAUCCACACACCCAACAACCGCAAACGGAAAGCCGAUGAUGAGAAUGAUCAUGACGGUCGAAUGUCAGCGUCACCUACCAACUCUCCCGCCUUAACCCCUAGAACCCUCCCGGUCAAUCGGAACACCAAGCGUGCUCGCCCGAAUGUCAGCGGGCGGCCUCUCGCCCUCCCCCGGCUCCUAGAGACCUUGGACACAGAUGCUCUCCGGGGCAUACUUCGGACCAUGUGUGAGCGUCAUCCAAGUUUAGUGGAGGAAGUGGUACAGACGGCACCUCGACCGAGUGUGGCAUCUGCCCUUCAAGUGCUUCGAAACUACGAAUCUGCACUCCAGUCAUCCUUCCCCCUCGGUGGCAACUCCGAAUCUGAUUACGCAUACAAUCGAGUCCGACAACCGCUAGGGAAUCUUCUAGAUGCCCUGAGUGACUUCACACCACAUUUUUUACCGCCCCACGAGACGCAGUCGUCUGUUUCUUUGAGCUAUCUCGACGGUGCGACCGACAUAAUUCACGCAUUGCCCCGGUGGAACACACCGCAGAAUAACCUCGAGCGGGACUCGGCAUACGACGAGAUCUGCAAAGCCUGGAUUCUGGUGAUCCGGGAGGCAGCGAAGCGCGGCGGUGGAAUUCAGUUACAGUACGGCGGUUGGGAUCAGAAGUUGGCGAAGCACAAUCACAACUCGGGCGGUAAACUGCAGGCAGCCGUCAACGAGCUUGGUUCCAGUUUGGGGUGGAUGCACAGACCGGAUGCCCAAGGCUACAGCAGCCCAGGAGGUAAUGACCUUGGAACCAUUCGGGAACAGCUCCUGUCGGGCACAUACGGGCUCGGUACCCCCGUCAAAGUUGGGCCUUGGUGA